AUGUCUGAGCCUGGAAACUUGAGUGAUGAGCCAAUCCUUGACUCGAAAGUAAAGUGUAAUAUCGGCGAACCUUCUCAGGAUGAAAUCGAAGAUCAUCGGUCUAAGCUGUCUAUGAUAGCUGGGUUAUCCGUAAACAAUGACAUAGCUACGCUCAGUACGUCACAGUUCCCCCAAGGAAUUGGAUCAGGACCUUCAGCUCAUCGUCACCGUCGACGACGUAAACGCAUCGGUACAAACAGCACAAGGGAGGAAAGUUCAAAAGCAUUUCCUACAAAUCCAAGUGAACAUGUAAUGUUUUUACUUGGUGAAUGCGAUGGUGAUGAUGAGCAAACACAUCAGUUAUUCUGUGAAUUAGAUGAACUAUGGAAUGACCCAUCGGGAUCAGGCGAAACCGAAUGGCGAGAAGCCGCAAGAUGGAUUAAAUUUGAAGAGGAUGUUGAAGAAAAUGGAGAACGUUGGUCUAAGCCACAUGUAGCUACACUACCUUUAUUCUCUGUAUUUGAACUACGCAGUUGUCUGGCAAGUGGAGUAAUUAUGUUGAAUCUGGAAAGUUAUAGCAUGGAACAAAUUGCAGAUUUAGUUUUAAAUUUAUUAAUAUCGGAAGAUCGUUUACCGUUAGAUCAAAGAGAUCUAUUAUUCGAUGUGUUACUACGUCGUCAUGUUCAUUUACAUGAACGACUUCGACCGAAACUUAUUGGUCGUAGUGCAACAAAUCUCCCAUUGAUUCGAUCAUUAGCAGAUAUUGGUAAACGACAUUCAGCAAAAGACGUUGAAAAAGCUGGAGAAGCACCUUAUACAUCGCUAGCUAAAAUGCCUACAUUAACUGGAAUGGAUUCAUUGGAUCCGGCUACAGCUGCACACAUUACAGCUCAUGCACAAGCACAACCGUCUGGACCAUCUGAAGUAAUGUCUGGUAGUUUACAAGGGAAAUAUGAUUUACAUUUCUUGAAAAAAAUUGCACCUGGAUCAGAGACUUCCAAUAUACUUGUUGGUGAAACAACAUUUUUAACAACACAAAUCACUGUAUUCAUUCGUUUAAAAGAGGCUGUUUUACUUGGUGAUCUCACUGAAGUACCAGUACCGACAAGAUUUUUAUUUAUACAUCUGGGUACUAUAGGUAAUGCAGCUAAAUAUCGUGAAAUUGGUCGUUCCAUGGGUGUACUUAUGUCCGAUGAAGUAUUUCAUGACGUUGCUUACAAAGCUCGAUCUAGAACAGAUUUAUUAGCCGGCUUAGAUGAAUUCUUGAGCGCUGCAACUGUCUUACCACCUGGUGAGUGGGAUCCAUCAAUUCGUAUUGAACCUCCAGCAUCAGUUCCAUCACAAGACAGUAGGAAAACGACAGUCAGUAAUGGCCCUCAAUCAACUGUGAUUCCACCUCAAAUUACUACUUCUGAACCUGGUGUAGCAGUUGUUGAACAACUUCAUGUUGGUGGAGAUAAACUUGCCAGUCUUUGUUUAGCCGCCGUAGGUAAUGCUAAUCCACGUAGUCAACAAGUGGAUGGGGUUACCAAACCUAUUGGCCAAAGUGAUUCAAUACACAAGUCAAAAACUGAUCUUGCACGAAGUACUGGUAGUCGCUUAGAAUUGACAAACAUCGAGUCUGGCGGUGGUGUUGACGACCAUGGCGGUGGUGGUGGGGGUCAUGGAGAUGAUCCAGCGUUAAAUCGAACUGGUCGCAUUUUCGGUGGUCUUGUACAAGAUAUUAAACGUCGUGCACCGCAUUAUGUCAGUGAUUUCACAGAUGCUAUACAUGUACAAUGUUGUGCAAGUUUCAUUUUCCUCUAUUUUGCUUGUUUAACGCCAAUCAUAACAUUUGGCGGUUUAUUGGCUCAAGCAACUGGGGGUUAUUUAGGAACAAUUGAAAGUAUAUUAUCAGGUGCAGUUGUAGGUAUCACAUAUUCACUAUUUUCUGGACAACCGUUAACUAUCAUGGGUAGUACAGGACCAGUUCUAGUAUUUGAAAGUAUCAUAUUUAGAUUAUGCACGAAAAUGGAAUGGUCAUAUUUAAGUUUUCGUUUAUGGAUUGGUAUUUGGGUCUCGAUUGCCUUAUUCAUUAUGGUUGCACUUGAUCUGAGCGCAUUAGUCAAAUUUAUUACACGUUUUACUGAAGAAUCAUUUGCAGCAUUAAUUGGUUUAAUAUUUUUUAUUGAAGCAUUAAAGAAAACUUAUGCAAUAUCAAAAAAAUACAAAGUAGAUUUAUCCUGGUCACCAGAUUUAAUCGAUAAACAUCAUUGCGCAUGCUUUCCAUCAGAAAAUCAAACAGAUUUUGAAAGAUUAUCAACAAUGUAUGAAACUCAUCCACUUACACAUAUUCCAUUAGUUGGAUUCAAUUCAACUUUUGAACCAGAAUCUGUACAAGAUUUGAUGGAAAAACAAAUUGAUUGGGAGGCCAUUUCACGUGGUCGUUACUCUUGGAAAUCACAAGAAUAUCAAGAUUUAUGUGUACAGUUGAAUGGUACAUGGAUAGGCAAAAGUUGUCGAUCAUUUUAUGUACCAGAUGUGUUCUUCUUUUCAUGUAUCCUAUUUAUAGCAACAUUUGUGUUAGCCUUUACAAUGAAAUCGAUGCGAAAUUCAUUAUUCUUUCCUACUCGUGUACGUCAAUUAAUAUCAGAUUUCUCAGUGGUAAUUGCAAUUGCGAUCGGUACCACAACAGAUUUCUUGAUGAAUUUACAUACACCAAAAUUGUUAGUACCAACAACAUUUGAACCAACAUUGGGUUAUAGUAAACGUGGCUGGUUUAUACAUCCAUUCGAUAAUAAUCCAUGGUGGUCAUCCAUUGUUGCUAUCGGACCAUCACUCCUGGCAGUUAUAUUAAUUUUUAUGGACCAACAAAUUACAGCGGUCAUUGUGAAUCGACGUGAGCAUAAAUUAAAGAAAGGAGCUGGUUAUCAUUUGGAUUUACUUGUUGUCGCAAUAACUAUAUUAAGUAAUUCAAUCCUUGGAAUCCCAUGGUUUGUCGCAGCAACGGUCCUGUCGAUUAAUCAUGUUUUAUCAUUGAAAAAGGAAUCUGAAACAAAUGCUCCUGGUGAACGACCAGUUUAUUUAGGCUGCAGAGAACAACGUGUCACUGGAGUAUUAAUUUUCCUAUUUAUUGGUUUAUCUGUAUUUAUGACUCCUUUAUUAUCACGUAUUCCAAUGCCAGUACUGUAUGGAAUAUUUUUAUUCAUGGGUAUAUCAUCAAUGCGUGGUAUUCAAAUGUUUGAACGUCUUAGUUUAUUAUUUAUGCCGGUUAAAUAUCAGCCAGACUAUCCUUAUUUGAGACAUGUUUCUCUACGUCGAGUUCAUUUAUUCACGAUAAUACAAGUUGCUUGCUUAGUUAUGUUAUGGGUUAUUAAAUCCAUUGAAGUACUUGCUAUUCUCUUCCCCAUUAUGGUUUUAGCCAUGUGUUUCAUACGUAAAGGAUUAGACUUUAUAUUUACACAAGAAGAAUUAAAAUGGUUAGAUCAAAUUUUACCCAGUACUAAACGUAAACCAUUUCCACGUUCAUUAGUCAUAUCUGUGCCAAGUAAUAAUGAUUUUAAUAAGAACACGAAAUUUUCAAGUAGUGCGAAUCUUUUACAAGAAAAGAAAAUAUCUCAAUCAGAAGAAAAGCGUAUCAAUAUCACAGAAGAAAUGUCAAAAACAUCUAUUUGGCGCCAGUUAAGUGGUGCGGAUAUAAAUAAUGAGUGUAAAAAGACUUCUGAACAAGAACACGGGUGGGGACAAUCGAAUGUAUUUAGCACGAAAAUUACAGACUAUCUCAACAAAAUCUGAAUACCAUAAAGUCAAUCGUCAAUUUGCAAAUUAUCAAUACAUCAUAUCAAACUGUACUGUUCAAGCUGCAAACACUAAUCCAUUGUCUCCCAUUCCAUUGUUCAUAAGUUUUCUUACAAAUUCCAUUAUGUUCUUGCUCCACCUUUCUUGGUCUUCGCCAUCUUUUGCUGCCGAGCAUUACGUUCUUUUAACGCACGUUAUAUACUACUUAUGUCAAUAUAAGUAGCUCACACCACAAUCCAAUGAAAAAUGACAUUAACUUAUCGUUACUGUUAUGGAAUCCGAUUUUGUGAUUUGAUUGACAAAUUUUGAUCAUUAUAAUGAAGGAAUGAUACAAUAUGUCAUAGUGAUGAACGUUUACAAGAUCAAAUUACUGAAUUAUGACCAAGCUAUUCCUAUU